AUGGAUGCGGCUACAGAGAGGUCUGAGUUUAGGCAAUCUGCUGCAAAUACCAAACCCUCUUUCGUAGAUAUGAUCAAUAUCUUGGUUGUAGACGACGAUGCAACCACUCUAGCUAUAGUUUCAGCAAUGCUUAAAACAUGGAGUUACCAAGUUGUCUCUGUUAGAAACCCGAUCGAUGCUUUGGCUACCCUUCGAGCAGGGAAAGGCAUAUUUGAUCUAGUUGUUACAGAUCUUCAUAUGCCUCAGAUGAAUGGGUUUGAAUUGCAAAAGCAUGUCCAUGAAGAAUUUAAGCUACCUGUUAUUAUGAUGUCCGCAGAUGACAAAGAGAGUGUGAUACUAAAGAGUUUAGAGGGUGGAGUUGUGUACUAUAUAGUAAAGCCUGUGAGCAAAGAUGACAUUAAGAAUGUGUGGCAGUAUGCUGUUGCAGCUAAAAAGGGUAAAUCGGUUACCAUAGAGGAAAUAGAAAGUGCUCCAGGAGAAGCACCUGGUGAGGUCGAGGAUGGAAGUUCUGAGACAUCUUCUGAUACCGACGAAGAAAAACAGGAGAAAAAAGCCGAGUCCAAGGUCAAAAAGGCACGUAAGAGGCACAGGGAAGACGAUAAUGAAGAACGUAUGGUUGCCCCAAAGAAGCCAAAAGUUGUGUGGACAAAUUCACUUCACAAUCAGUUUCUGCUGGCCAUCAGACACAUUGGCUUGGACAAGGCUGUGCCAAAGAGGAUUCUCGAGUUCAUGAAUGUGCCAGGCUUAACUAGAGAAAAUGUUGCUAGCCAUUUGCAGAAGUAUCGUAUCUUCUUGAAACGAGUUGCGGAGAAAGCCAGGCUAUCCAAGUGCUUGUCUGAGAGGGUGUUCAGGUCAAGCUUUGCACUUGGCCAUCCAGCACUAGUCUUCAACAAUGUCCAACGAGACCAAUAUUAUUCACAACUCCUCAACCCACAGCAAAUGGGAACAUCAAUUGCCUCUACAUUUCAACCAUCAGCUGGAAAUGGAAGCACCCUAGCUCUCACUGCUGCUGCUUCCAAUAACCUUGGCUCCAUCCAAUUCCCCAAUUACCAUCAAUCUUCAAGCAGCAACAGCAGCAGAUCUUUCCCUCAACUUAUUGGUUCGGGCCAGUCGCGUCUAUUGAGCAACAAUCAAGCUAACAUUCUGUGCCAGCAACCAAUGCUUGGUAAUGGAAAUGAGGAUCAGCUGCUUUGCCAAGCAAACCGCCGCACGGCAGCUUUUGGGGUGCAACAAUUGAUGAACACUUUUGGCAAUGGAGGUAUGUCUUUUGGCCUAAUGAACAAUAAUAUUGGUACAAACAGUUUGAUGCAAGUAUACCCACAACAAAGUCAGCAAAGGCAGAAUGGAGUUUUCACUUUCACCAAUAACCCAUUCAGCUACAACUUUGCUACAUCAGGAAACCAGAACAGUUCAAGUUAUACUACAUUGUCUUCAAGCUUCGAGAACAUGGGGUCUAAUGUUAACAAUGUGAACCAGCGGGUGCCAAACUCCAGUCACCAGCUGGUUAGUGACUUUGCCGGAUCCCAGAUUAUGAGCAGCAGUGGCAGAGAGCUAGUGGGAUUAAUGGGUAGUCAACCAACUGGGAUGCUCAAUAAUAUUACUAACAAUAUUAAUAUUGGUGGUGGAUAUCCAAAUGUGAGUCUCACUGGUGCACCAAUUGGGAACAAUAAUGGGAUUUUUAAUUCUGGUUACAUGGCUCAAUUGGGUGCUUCUUCGUCGUCGAUGUCUUCUUCUGCUGGUGCUGCCACCGCCGGCGGGGAAUAUUAA